GAGAUUUGCAGUGGCCAGAGUGAGUCUACACAACAGAGCGAGCAGCCACAGUGGAGAGCUGCUGGAUUUCAGAGCCAAAGAGAGGAAUGGAGGAGGACAACCAGAACCCGGAGCAGCGGAGCAACAAGGUCCCCAGAAGACAAGCAGCAGGCUCGGACUCUGAUACCACCGAUGUUCAGAAACGAAGAGGAAGAGAGGGACUCAAACGUCACCACUGUCAGCACUGUGACAAAUCCUUUACAACAUCAGCAUAUUUAAAGAUUCAUCAGAGAGUUCACACUGGAGAGAAUCUGCACAGCUGUGAUCAAUGUGGCUCAGCUUUCACACGACAGAGUUACCUAAAAAUACAUCAACGCUUUCACACUGGAGAGAAGCCGUACAGCUGUGAUCAAUGUGGGGCAGCGUUCACGCUACAGAGUCACCUAAAAAUACAUCAACACAUUCACACUGGAGAGAAGCCGUACAGCUGUGAUCAAUGUGGGUCAGCUUUCACACGACAGAGUGACCUAAAAAGUCAUCAGCGCAUUCACACUGGACAGAAUCUACACAGCUGCGAUCAAUGUGGAGCAGCUUUCACACGACAGAGUCACCUAAAAAUACAUCAAUGCAUUCACACUGGAGAGAAGCCCUACAGCUGUGAUCAAUGUGGGGCAGCUUUCACACGACAGAGCUACCUAAAAAUACAUCAGCACCUUCACACUAGAGAGAAUCUGCACAGCUGCGAUCAAUGUGGUGCAGCUUUCACACGACAGAGUCACCUAAAAAGACAUCAACACGUUCACACUGGAGAGAAGCCGUACAGCUGUGAUCAAUGUGGGGUAGCUAUCAAACGACAGGGUGACCUAAAGCGACAUCAACGCCUUCACACUGGAGAGAAUCUACACAGCUGUGAUCAAUGUGGAGCAGCUUUCACACGACAGAGUUCCCUAAAAACACAUCAAUACAGUCAUACUGGAGAGAAGCCGUACAGCUGUGAUCAAUGUGGGUCAGCUUUCAUACAACAGAAUUCCCUAAAAAUACAUCAACGCAUUCACACUGGAGAGAAGCCGUUCAGCUGUGAUCAAUGUGGGAAAACCUUUUGUCAGAAUAGUGACCUUAAAAGACACCAGCGCGUUCACAAUGGAGUGAAGCCAUAUUGCUGUGAUCAAUGUGGGACAGCGUUCACACAACAGAUUUCCCUAAAAAAACAUCAACGCAUUCACACUGGAGAGAAGCCGUACAGCUGUGAUCAAUGUGGGAAAACUUUUUCUAAUAGUAGUGACCAUAAAAGACACCAGCGCAUUCACAAUGGAGAGAAGCCACAUUGGUGUGAUCAAUGUGGGAAAACUUUUUCUCAGAGUGGUACCCUUAAAUCUCACCAGCGCAUUCACACUGGAGAGAAGCCGUACAGCUGUGAUCAAUGUGGGAAAGCUUUCACAACACGGAGUGCCCUAAAACUCCAUCAACGUAUUCACACUGGAGAGAAGCCGUACAGCUGUGAUCAAUGUGGGAAAGCUUUUUCUGAUCGUAAUAACCUUAAAGUCCACCAGCGCAUUCACGCUGCCUCGUUGUGAACAUGUUUCAGAGCCAAGCUGUUUCCUCCUGCCUCCUCCUCAUGCCUUGAUAGCUGUUGUUA